GUGGCGGAGGGGUAGGUGCCUGACUCUGUGUGUUCCCUAGCACAGGGGAAGAGUGUGUGUUCGGUGCGAACAAAAUCGAUGACCAUCGCGUUCGCUUGAGUGCAUCGCAUCUUUGAGGUUGCGCUUUAGCGUAAAUAAAAUACAGCCAAACGAAUAUGGCCGUCUUGUACGCGGUGACCCAUGGAAAGCAGGUUUCCUUUCGCGGUGGAAUGUCUCGGUCCGGUCACGGACAGCCCAAGCCGGAAGUAUAGCGCGUUUGUGUCGAGUUGUGGUCUAGAGUUGGUAAACUCUGCUCUUCCAUCGUGUGUGUGGCAACAAAUUAAACAUCCGUGUAAGCAAAUGUUGUGCUUUGACACAAGUGUAAAGGCCUUUCUGUCCCGUAAAUGAUGUGCGGUUCCUAUACAGCGCUUGGUAUGGAACGGGGCUGUAAUACAAGCGAAUGGUGAACAUACGAGAAGGAAACUACAAGCAAGGAAUAACAUCAACAACACAAGCAGCAGCAGUGUCUCACUCCUCGCUCUUUCUCUCUCUCUCUCUUGAAUUCAACGGAAAAGCGGAUCCGCGCUUACAAGUGUGCGAGUGAACCAGCGGUGGUUUUUUUCUUCUUCUGUGUUGUCUGGCUGCGCUCUGCGUCCAUCUUUGUAUCUGCAUCCCGCUCGUGCGCCAGCGGAAAGAAAGAGCAACAGAGCAUGUGUGUGUGCGUGUGUGUGUGCGUUCUCCCGGCCGUUCGCAAGAGCGGUUUAGAAAUGUGUGAAUGCUUAUGUGUGUUUGUGUGUGUGUAUGUUGGUGUAUGAAAGCAAAAGGAAAUUACAAACCUCACGGCGACGGGAAGAAGACGAUGACAAGGGUUGCCGUGUUUUUCAAUGGCCGCAUAAAAAGUGUUUGGGCCGUGUUUGGGAAAGGUGCAUAAAAAGAUGAUGAAAGACCAGUGUGAGGUUAAAUGAUUUGUUGUUUAAAUGGUUAUAAAUGUAUCACAGUUGGCAAGCAAGGCUAGAGCAAUACAAUUGGACAAAAGCGAAAUGAAAAUUAUAACAGUGUGAAAAAUGAGCUAAUUUGAAGUGUAAGUGAGAGUGUGUGAGAUGUUAAGUACCGUGCGUACUUUUCCACGUCCAGUAUCGAUGGUGUGUCCACCGUGAACGUUCUGCUGUAUCUCUGUGUCUCGGGUUGUGCUACACACACACACACACACACACACACGAAUACUUCCAGCGGCAAUCCGGGGUGCGUUGUGCUGCACUGUUCGCGGGGGCUGUACGGCAAAAACAACCAGUCAAACAGACCAGCUCCAACAACAACCAGCAGCCAUGGGUAAACGGAAUGCAGCUGCCGCAAUAGUGGAUGCCGACCGAUUGCAACAGUUCGAGACGCCGCCGAAGCGCAUGAAGCAUGGCCCGUCGAACGCCGCGCCACCACCAGCCACUGCUGCUGCUGCGCCUGCCCGCGAACCGUACUCGCCCAACAUCAGUGUGAGUGAGUUCACGCUCAGCAAAGAGUUCGUCGAUGGCACGAAGCUGAUGGAUCUGACGCUGAAACAGUGGCGCAUCGGCAAACCAAUCGGCAAGGGCAGCUUCGGUGAAAUAUUUCUCGCCUCGGACGAUAUCGAUACACCGGUGACGAGCGAGAAUGCAAAGUAUGUGGUCAAAAUUGAGCCGCACUCGAAUGGGCCGCUGUUCGUCGAGAUACACUGUUUGCUCAACACCGCCAAACCGACAGAAACCUGUAUUAUACCGCCGGGCAUGCCGGAGUACAUCGCGUCCGGAUCGCACAUGUUCGAGAACGAGCGGUACCGCUUUCUCAUCCUCAAGCGCUACCAGCGCGAUCUGCACUCGCUGAUCAAGAACAAGCGGGUCAACCCGACGAGCAUUCCUGUGAUCGCCUGCCAGAUACUGGAUGUGCUGGAGCAUCUGCACGACCAGGGCUACGUGCAUUCGGACAUUAAGGCAGAGAAUCUAAUGAUCGGCACGGUGGAGACUGACCGAAAGGACGCAAGCGUUCGGUUGUCGAACGGCAGUCACCACCAGAACGGGCACGAUCACCACCGACCGAACGGUGUUACACUGCCACCGGAAGGGGGAAGGGUAGGUCGGGGACGGGGUAAGAAAGCUGCUGCAGAAGUACCGGUGGUGGUUAACGGGACAGCACAUCCGCCGGAAAACGGACUGUACUACCAUCAGGAGCAGGAGAUGUGUACACGUACGCGCAAUCUUCGCCCGCUGAAAACGGUCACGUACCGCGAUCUGAGCGACGAGGACGAACGGGGUGGCGGUGCCCGUUCGAAGGCAGCAGGUAGCUUACCGAAGCGACGGGGCCGAAAGCGCAACAACGAUGCGUCGUUCAGCUGUUCAAUCUCACCGCGCCGGUCAGGGUAUGAGGAGCUGAAGGCAGCGACCGAGGAAGCGCACCGGCAAGAGCUGAAGCGUAAUUCGCUGCCGAAGGUGGACGAGCAGCACCAGCAGCAGCGGCAGCAGCAGGGGCCGGAGGAAGAGCGCAUACAUCUGAUCGAUUUCGGUCUGGCGUCCAAGUUUGUCGAUUCGAACGGGCAGCAUCGGCCAUUCUGCAUGGAUCAGCGGCGGGCGCACGACGGCACGCUGGAAUUUACGUCGCGCGACGCACACAUGGGUGCGCAUGCCCGCCGCAGCGAUCUGGAGUGUCUCGGGUACAAUCUCGUGUACUGGAGCCGCGGGUUUCUGCCGUGGAAGGACGAGAAGCUGCUCAACCAGCCAGAGCAGGUGCACCGGAUGAAGGAGUACUUCAUGGCGGACGUGCGGGAGAUGCUGCGGCUAAUCUACGGCGACGACUGCCCGGCGUAUCUGGGCGAAUUUCUCGCCUACGUCGGCAAUCUGACGUACGACGAGCGGCCCGACUACCAGUACUGCAAAUCGCUGUUCUACAAGGAGCUGAAGCGGCUGGGCAGCCCGGUAAGCCGGCACCAGCCGCUGCGCCUGGACGUAGAGGCCAUCGUGCAGCUGAGCGAACCGCUGACGGCACAGGACGAGGCGGAAAUCACGAACAAAAUCAACCAUGUCAAGUCGCUGAUGAAGAUGGGCGCGCUGAUACCGUACCGGGAGAGCAUGUUGCACAGCAAGGCCUCCUCGCCGAAGAACCUUCGCUCGAAGCGGGGCGAUGCGAACGGUCGAAACGCGCAGUCGUUGACGGUAACGGACGGUGCGGCCGCAACGCCUGCCACGCAGCCCGUACCGAGCGCCGUCUGUACGCGCAAGAAGGAGAAGCAAUUUUCCUGCGCGGACAUUUUCGCCACCGACGCGGACCAGAUUGCGCGCGACCGGGUGGAGAAGGAGUUUGAGCGAGCGGAGCAGAUGGAGGAAACCGUCAUUCGCUACUCGGGCAAGCCGACGUACGCCAUACAGGAGCUGCUGGAGCGCAAGUCGCGCGGCUACAGCCUGGGCAGCGGGCUGGAGUACACGGAGAGCGAGGGCUACAUCAAGGGGUACACGAAACCGAUGAUGGACAUACUGCGCAAGCGGCAGUCGCAGCUGUUCCGCCAGAUUGAGGAAAUGAAUUCUGCGGGCAAGAAUAAAAAGGAGGCGGCGAGUGACGGCGAUGGUAACACUGCUCCCAUGGAGCAAGAGGGUGGUGAUGAAGAAGAAGAUGAGGAGGAUGACGAGGAGGAGGAGGAGGACGAGGAGGAGGUAGAGGAGGAUGAAGAGAUGGAAGCUGCUCCGGAUAAUGAGCUAGAGAAUGAGGAGGAUGAGGAGGAGGAGGUCAAGCUGUCAAAGUAUGAGCAGGACGACGAUUACGAGCAAGCGGCGGAAGAUGAGGACGAGGAUGACUCCGUUGAAGAUGACGACGAUGAGGAGGAAGUGGCCAGCGAAGAGGAGGAAGCCGAAGAAGAAUCCGUAGAAGAGGACGACGAGGAAGAGGACGAUGAGGAAGCGGUGGAGGAGGACGAAGAGGAGGAGGCAGAGGGAGGAGCGGUCGUACAGAACGGCUACGAGUCGCGGGGAUCGUACCGGCGCAAGAAGGAGAGCAAAGGGCGCAAAAAAGAAGACACGGACAGUGACUUCAUCAACGAUGGUGGCUGUGAGGAGGAGGAAGAGGAGGAGGAGGAGGAGGAGGAGGAGGAGGAGGGAGCUGAAACGGACGCAUGCAAUCUUCCCGACGCAGAUGAGGAAGCGGUUGAUGAUGCAGAGGAAGAGGAAGCGAACGAUGACGAUCAGCAGGACAGUGACUUUAACGAUCAGGAAAGCACUGCGACCGAAAGUGACGUGAUCAUCGUGCCGGUAAAGCGACGCCCUGGUCGAAAGCGCAAGGAACCGCCACAACCACAGGCGGCGCACGACAGCAGGGAUGACAGGGGAGGCAUCGUAACAGGCAGGCGAAAGGUAGGGCGCCCGAGAAAGCAUAGCAGCAGCAAAAACACCGACAUCCAUGACCACCGCGAGGAGGAGGCAAGCGAUGGCAGCAGAGCGAAAGUGGCCACCGGUAGCAGCAGCACCAGCAGCAAGCAGCGAUCUGACCAUCGCAAAAAGGAGCGAAAGGAGCGACGGCGGCAGCAGCGGCGCGAGGUGCUGGACGAUGGCGAGGGCGAUAAUGCGCGCCUGUUCGGUGACCACCAGCGGGAGGACGAGGUGGAGGAGGCGGUGGACGGGCGGGAAGCGGUCCGAAAGCAAACGCAUCACCCGUACAACAACAACAACCACUGCAACAGCAAGGCGUACUAUGGCGAUGUGGACGAUUCAUCGCACGAUAUGACACCGCCGACCGGGACCGGCGAGGACCGGAACGCUUCCAAGUAUCGGUUCGUGAAGCGGCGCAAAUCGGGCCUGCGGGAGCGCAUCCGGCCGACCGAUCGGGGCACCGACUAUGCGGACAAUCUGCAGCGAAAGCGUAAGGCCGCCCUGCAGAACAAGCAGCGGCGCGAGUCGGCCGCCCUGCACGGCGAGCUGGAGGACGAGGAGGGUGCCGAUUCCGAGGCGCUGCUACCGUCACCGUCGGGCGUCGAGGACGAUUCCUCGUGCAGCAGCAGUAGCAGCAGCAGUACCGGCACUAGUCACUCCGUCUCGUCGUCCUGCUCGGUCGGCAACCGGAGCAGCCGGGCCAUAUCGCACUCCUCGUCGGCGGCGUCGCUCGCUUCGUCCUCCUCGAUCGUACCGGCACAGAAACGGCGCGGCCGGAAACGAAAGCAACCGCCGCCGCUGGUAUCGUCGCGCGAUAGUAGCGGGACCCGGCAGUCGUCGACGGCCCAGUGUGCGAUAUCUUCCACCGUACGGUCCCGCCGGCAACCGACCGUAACGGAUAGCGAAGCAACGGGCGGCCACUCGAACAAUCGCUGGGGCCGUUCCAACUCGAACAGCAGCCAGUCGGCAGCGACGUCACGAGCUUCCUCCGUGUCCGCGUCAGCGAACGGUGCGAGUGAAUACGCAGCGCUGCAUCAUCAGCAGUCGCAUCACCACCACCACCACCAGUUGGUCACCUUGCCCGAGCAGCAGGACGAUUUUCUCGAUGAUGACGAUGGAGACGACACGCGCGAUGUGGACUAUUCGCCCGUCUGCACGAGGCGAAGGCGCAAAGAGGCGGCAGGUGGCAAUGGUACCGUUUCGCGCAAGCACGGUACGACGACGACCAUACGCCGAAAGCAUGAUUCGAAAGGUUUGGUUGGUAAGGGUCUAGGUACGGCGCCGCCAUCACCGCCAUCGCCAACACUACCACCUCCGCCACCGCCGCCGCUGGCAGCAUCAUCAUCGUCGUCGUCGUCGUCGUCGUCAGCAGUGAACGGUGGUGGCACUGGAGUCAAUCUUCCGCCACUGUCGUCCAUUUCACGCCGACUGGACAACACGAUUCAACCACCACCACCUCCUCCAGUACCACCGGUAGCGGCUCUUAUACAGCAUCAUCACCAGCAGCAGCAGCAGCAUCAACGUGGCCGUCGGCCACAGCAUCAUCACAUGGCGGCGUAUCAAAACUAUUACCGAGUGAACGAUCAGCAUCAUCUUCCCUCGACGAUGCUGGUGCGAACGUACAGCCGGGGAUAGUUGCGACGGGAUCACGUGCGUAAUCGGCGUGUCCUGGUGGAAAGGCGUCCGUGCUGCUCCAGCUGUUAGGGUUGUACAACACGCGCGGCUCGGCGAUAUGUUGUAGUGUUUGUUUUGUAAUUUGCAAUGGAAUUACUACAACGUAUAUGUACAUUUCGGUGUAAAUAUUUAAUUACAUAGUUAUUCACUUAUCCUAUUAUCUGUAGAAUGCUUAUUAAAUAAUGAUAAACAUACGCCACAUGUGCUAGGCAUAAGAACAUUAGUGUGUAAGGCUUCGGAAGGUAGGAAAUAGUAGGAAUAGUGCAAAGUGUCGGCAGAGAUUUGUUUCAGUUUUUGUUUGCCUUUUUUGUGUGUGUGUAUGCUGCCCCACUUUGUUUGGGAAGUGCUACCGCACAUGUUCCUCUCACCCUUUGCCUAUCGUUUGCCUUCAUUUUACAAGUAAUUACAGCUCGCGGGGGGUCAUUCGAGAGAGAGUGUUUGUUUUUCCAUCUGCUGCACCGUUCAUUGUUUCCAUUCCUGGUCGAACGGAAAAGAAUAACGAGUUUGUGGUGUUUCAUCGUCGAUAAAAACGAUCUGUUUUUUUGUGUCUACGUAUGGUGGCAUACCUUCGAGAGAAUAGAGUUAUUCAGUUGGCCAAGCCGAAGUUUAGUAGAAAUUGGAAUUCUGCAAAGGAUUAGAGGAAACAGGCGUUCGUUUUUGUGGAAACCAUCAUCAUGGGCAGAAAUCACGUGACGUGCUAAAUAGUCGAGCAUUUUGUUCAGUUGUUCCGUUGAACAGGUUUAAAUCACUAUUGCCUUUCGUAUGUCUGUUUUUAUUUUGGUUGGAUUGUGCGAAAAGCGCUUCCUCUCUCUCCGUUUGCUGUUGUGCGAUACAGUAAGGUACAGUGAGCUCUACCCUAUUGAUGCUUUUAAAAGAAAUGCAAGAGAAAAAAAGAGAAUAGCUGCAUUAUUCGUAGAAAAUAUCAUCGCAAAUUGAAUGGAAAUGCUCUAGAAAACGACAAUUAAUGAAGAAAAUUCAGAAAAAAUCAGAAUAUAAGCGAUGAUAUGAAGCAGGUGAGCGUGAAGAAGUUCCCAGUGAUCGAUUAAAUAAUCUUGUAUGUGCAGUUAAUAAUAUUCAAUCGAUGUUGUUUAUUAGUGCGUGUGUGCGUGUGUGUGUGUGUGUGUGGGGGGGGGGGGGGGGGGCGAGGUGUACAACAGGGCUCGGCAAAUCUAUUGACGACAAUGUGCGUGGCGUCUUUUACUAUCCUAAAUAAGCAUAUAAAUGUUCCCAUUUACAAGUAUGCUAACAAUCGUGGCAGAAUAAAGAUAAAUUAAGCAAAGAUUAAGGCGCUGCAUCAUCGUUCGGUCACCAGCAGCAGUGCAGUAUCGCAUUACUCGAAAAUAAUAGAAGAAGGCUGAGCAUAACACACACACACACGUGUUGCACCAUUAAGCAUGUUAUUGGCAAAUCAACAAAACAUGCAAGACUCACACACACACAAAACAAAUAAUCAAUAGAUGAACCCCACCAUCUCUCUCUCUCACACACAUCCUGUGAAUGACUAACUAAUAGGGAAGGCGAGGUGUGGUAGAGAGCCCCAAGAGAGCCUAAGUAAUAAACAAAUCCAUACGAACAAAAAAACAGCAAAUUCAUAAAGUAUUCACCUUUAUCUUUUUGCGAUAAAAACCUUCUCCCCUAUAUAUACCUAUGCAGUAAACUGUUCUUGUGCAAACCAUUAUCGGUGGAAUAAUAAUAUUGCGCGUGCAAUGCCAGAGCACAGGAAGCGCAUCACGCCGUGGCUAUUCGUUCUUUCCCAAUCGAAAGGAAAUGAAACCGAUGAUAUGAGAAUGUUGUGCAAACAUGAAUACAUUAAGUACGCGCGUAGUAUAUGAUAACUAGUAAACAAGAGAGAAGAAGAAGAAGAAGAAGAAGAAGAAGAAUAAGACAGCUGAAGCAGAAAAGAAUGCAGCAGUGGAAUAUGUGCGGUAAUAGUAAUAAUCUUUAUCGAUGAAUAAAAACAAACCACUACUACUUCGUAGCACCCCUCCCCUUCCCUUAGUAUUGCGCGAAUGUUUUACGAGAAUAUGGGUAAAUAAAAUUACAAUGCAAAAUUAAA